AUGAAGGGCUCUUGGAUGCGGUGUGCGCUGGGCAGGUUGGUGUGGCUCUGUUUUUUUGCACCGAGCGCUUUGAUAGUGUUCUUUGUGGUUCCAGCAUCUCUAGCACAUCCCCAACCAUGUCAGAUUCUAAAGAGAAUCGGACAUACGGUGAGAGUAGGAGCUCUGCACCUUCAACCUCGAGUAUUUAGGCACAAUCCCCUCUGGGCUACAGAAAUGGACUGGGGCACAGGCAGAGAAACUGGAGAGGAGUGGGACAUCGUUAUCCAAAGUGAACUAGACCAUCAAUGGAGGGGCAUCAGGACUAAAAGCUCAGUAAAUAACCCCCACAGGACCUCAAAAAGUAAAACAAUAUUCAAACAAGUGGAUACCGAGACUGUAUUCCUACCCAGAGACUCUGUUAUAUUCGCCAUGGAGACCCUUAAUAGAGUGGAAGGGCUUUUACCUUACAACCUGACCCUGGAGAUAGUCAUGGCUGUUGAAGCCGGACUUGGAGAAUUACCUGCUUUUUCGUUUUCCUCUUCAUCGCCUGCCAGUGCAGAUCCUGUGUCGUUCCUGCAAAGCGUUUGCCACACUGUCAUCGUGCAAGGAGUUUCUGCCAUCAUUGCGUUUCCACAAAACAGGAAUGAAUUAGUGAAGUUGGAAUUUAUUUCGUCCACGUUACAGAUACCAGUCAUCAGCGUCGUGCAGAAUGAGUUCAAACGCCAGAGCCAGAACUCACUCCAUUUCCAGAUGGUCAUGCGAAAUCCUCAAACUCCUGAAGCAGAGCUCAUCUUCUCCCUUCUGUCCAUGAAUAACUGGUAUGACGUCAGUUUGGUGAUGUGUCAACAGAUGAACAUUUCCGACUUUAUCUUUUUGCUCCACAACAACUCCAAAUUUCAUCUGGGCACUGUUAUUAAGAUUUCCACCAACAUUAGCUCCAAAAUUGACUUUCCGACUUAUCUGCAAGGUCAACUGGGGUCAAUCAAGGACUCAACUUCUACAGUAGUGACCUUUGGAUGUGACAUACAGGAUAUACGCAAAAUCUUUGCUACCGUUGCAAAGUUUGGUCGGAUAAUUCGUAAUUAUCACUGGGUUAUAGGUGACUCUCAAAAUGUGGAGGAGUUAACGACAGAGGAACUGCCAGUGGGUCUACUUGCACAUGGCCGUAUGAGUGAGCCCUCGCUGGAUCAUUAUGUCCAGGAUGCUUUGGAGUUUGUGGCGAGAGCGGUGGGGUCUGCUACCACUGUGUCUCCAGAGCUGGCACUGAUACCCGGCAUCACAAACUGUCUGGUGAUUGAGGCUAAAAAUCUAACAUCAGGAAAAUUUCUCUCCAGAUUCAUGGCCCAGACAUCAUUUGAUGGCCUGAGUGGCUACAUAAACGUUCGAGAGGAAUCUACCAUUCUCUCUGAAACCCAUCAUUUUAUAUGGAAUCUACAGCAUGACCCAAUUGGCAAGCCCAUGUGGACGCGUCUGGGCAGCUGGAAGCAAAGCAAAGUGGUCAUGGAUUAUGGAGUUUGGCCAAAUAAGAGACAGUCUCAACAAGGGGCAGACUGGCGGCAAUCCUCUCGCCUACACUUACGCGUAGUCACCUUGGUAGAGCACCCAUUUGUCUUCACCCGUGAUGUUGACGAGGAUGGUUUAUGUCCUGCUGGCCAGUUGUGCCUUGACCCCUUAACAAAUGAUACAGCGUUGUUGGAAAGUCUUUUUCAUGGUUUGCAAGGUGCCAAUAAAACUGUUCCCAUGGAAUAUAAAAAAUGUUGCUAUGGUUAUUGCAUUGAUCUUCUGGAAAAGCUGGCAGAGGACAUGGAGUUUGACUUUGACCUCUACAUUGUGGGAGAUGGGAAAUAUGGUGCUUACAAGAACGGUCGCUGGACAGGUCUGGUCGGGGACCUCAUGAGUGGGGCGGCACACCUGGCUGUCACUUCUUUCAGUAUCAACUCGGCACGCAGUCAGGUCAUCGACUUUACCAGCCCCUUCUUCUCUACCAGUCUAGGAAUCCUUGUCAGGACUAAAGAAACAGCGGCACCUAUUGGUGCCUUCAUGUGGCCCCUACACUGGAGUAUGUGGUUAGGAAUAUUUGUAUCUUUACAUGUUACAGCUGUGUUUCUUACCUUGUAUGAGUGGAAAAGCCCUUUCGGCUUAACCCCAAGGGGUAGGAACAGGGACAGAGUCUUCUCUUUUUCCUCAGCGCUAAACGUUUGCUACUCAAUCUUGUUUGGCAGGACAGCUGCUAUUAAGCCGCCAAAAUGUUGGACUGGCAGAUUCCUCAUGAAUCUCUGGGCCAUAUUUUGUUUGUUCUGCUUGUCUACCUACACAGCUAAUCUCGCUGCUGUAAUGGUUGGUAAGAAAACGUAUGAGCAGCUCUCGGGUAUACACGAUCCCAAGCUUCAUCAUCCAUCACAAGGGUUCCGCUUUGGGACUGUUCGGGAAAGCAGUGCUGAAGAUUACGUGAAAAAAAGCUUUCCGGAGAUGCAUGAGUACAUGAGGCGAUAUAAUGCCCCUACAACCCCUGAUGGGAUAGACCACCUUAAAGAUGAUCCUCAGAAGCUAGAUGCUUUCAUAAUGGACAAAGCUCUUUUAGACUAUGAAGUAUCUAUUGAUGCAGACUGCAAGAUGCUGACUGUGGGAAAGCCAUUUGCAAUUGAAGGCUACGGUAUUGGGCUCAAACAGAAUUCUCCUCUUUCUUCAAAUAUCUCUGAGUUGGUCAGUCAGUAUAAAUCAGAUGGAUUUAUGGACUUGCUACAUGAUAAAUGGUACAAGGUGGUCCCCUGUGGUAAAAGAAGCUUUGCUGUGACAGAGACUUUACAGAUGGGGAUAAAGCACUUCUCAGGGUUAUUUGUCAUGCUAUGCAUUGGAGUCGCCCUUUCCCUCCUCACCACACUCGGGGAACAAAUCGUCCACCGCUGGGUGAUACCCAGGAUGCUGAAAUCUUCACAGCAUAAAUAUUGUCUCCACACUAGUCAAAGAUUACAUCGAGCACUUAACCCGACUUUCAAAGAAGACAAAGUACAGACUGUGGCAAAACAAGAGAAAAGCUGCAACGUUGAAAACAACCAGCAAAUGCCAUGGAACUCUUUGGGAACAUCAAAUUGCAAUCGUCGGAAACUGUCCAAUCAAGAGGGUCAACAAAACGACCUGGAAUGUUCACACUGCAAGGAGCUCCUGCCCCAACAAGAAAAUAGACAACUUCCGUCACAAACCACCUCCAAUGGGAGAACAGACCUUCUUGGCCUGGGCCUAAACCCAAUAGUGCAGGAACUUACAGACCUGGAAACACAAAUCCAGCUCAUCAAAAAACAACUGCAGCUUGCCAUAAAGAAGAAAAAAGACCUGGAGCAGUAUCAAAAAACUAAGACUUCAAUGGAGCCCUAGAGUUUUGAGAAAUCUUUAUAUGGCUGGAGUUUUAUGGGUCCCCGUGUUCAAAGACUUGGACCUGAUUGAUUAUUUCAAUUGGGGUUCCUAAGGGAGGAAGGCUCUUUUUGAAGCCUAUUUUUAUUUUUUGAUUUUGAUUUCUUAUUGAACUGAACUUGAGAAAGGACAGAGGAAAUGGAGUUGAU